GAUCCUCCUUUAAAAAAAAAAAAAAAGAGAGAGAGAGAGAGAGAGGAGGAGGGGGGAAAGGAGCAGCUGGAGUUUCUCCUCAGCUCGUUUUGACUUUUGUGGACGUGGAUCAUCUGGACUGGGAAGGGAAGCCGCGCCGCGCUGCUCUCCCCGCUCCCACCCCCGCGCCCCUCCAGCAGCCUGGGCUGCCGGCGCUCCCCCGAGCAGGACGGGAACUUUUAUUUGCAGCUCACAGCCCGUGGCGAAUGGUGGGAAUCUCCGGUCCUCUGCAGUCAUAAUCUAGUCCAGGAGGCAGUCCGGGCUGGGUCCUUGGGUAGAUGCAUGCGGCUGUGGCCAGAUCCUUCUGCAUGCUUAACUGUAUGUCCUGAAACACCUGAGCGAGCAGUGGAUGCGGACUGUAGCAUGGACAUAACUGCGUGCCUGGCUCUCAAACCUCUCUGCCUUGACAUAAUUAUGAACCCUGGAAAGCAUAUUAAUGUCUUGGAAAAACUGACAGCGCUGUCAUAUAGGCUCAUACUAAUGAGAAAGUAUUUGUGUAACCCAAAUAAACAGCUCAUGUAGGUGUUGGAGUGGGAGAGAAAUUGCCUUUUCAGAAGUGGGAGGAUGACUUGUAAAUAUAUCCAAUACCUUUUUGAUCUGUCUUUCUUAAAAUGUGUUUGCUGUUAUGACUUACAAAUUCAUAUAGUGUUGUGUAAUUGCAAGGUUUCUAUUUUCAGUAACCUCAUUCAUUUAAUAAAUUAUUCUCUAGGGCUUCUGUUCAACCAGGUAAAGUAUGUAAUAUUUUAUAUCAUAUUAAUGCAUCUAAAACCAGUCAUUUUUACAGAAUUAGUAAAUAAGAGGCAUGCAGGCUGCUCUGACUUUGUUGCCCUUUAUAUAUUCACAGAUGAAAAUGGGCAACUUCUUAAGCAGCCUUUGUCAAAGAAUUAAUAUGGUAUUAAAGCACUGCCUUAUAUUAACUAAGAAAAUGUGGGUAGUUGAUUUAGUAUGAUAGCUGGUCUGUCUUCCCUCUUUAUUUAAAAGACUGCUAUUAUCAUGCAAAUGAAGGGGUGUGGUACUUCAAACUGGCUGUGAUAUGUGCUUUUUUUUUUCUUUUUCUUUUCUUUUUUCUUUUUUUUCGUUUGUUGUUGUCAAUAGAAAAGAUUGAUCUCUGGACUGGUGAACAUAAUAUCUGUCCCAGUCAGAAAAGGAAAGAGGAAAUUAGCAGAGCGGUUGGUGGAGAAUGAUAUCUGUCAAAAGAAACACUUGGAGAGCACUGAGUUUAGUGAUAGGUGACUGCCGGAAAAAAGGGAACUUUGAAUUUUGUCAAGAUCGCACUGAGAAGCAUUCCACAAUGCCAGACUCACCUGUGGAUGUGAAGACACAAUCCAGGCUGACGCCUCCAACAAUGCCACCUCCUCCCACUACCCAAGGAGCUCCAAGAACGAGUUCAUUCACGCCCACAACGUUAACCAAUGGCACAAGCCAUUCACCAACAGCGUUAAAUGGAGCUCCAUCUCCUCCUAAUGGCUUUAGCAAUGGGCCGUCCUCUUCCUCUUCCUCUUCUCUGGCUAACCAGCAGUUACCGCCAGCUUGUGGAGCUAGGCAGCUCAGCAAACUGAAGAGAUUUCUUACAACCUUACAGCAGUUUGGCAAUGACAUUUCACCAGAGAUUGGGGAGAGAGUGCGUACCCUUGUGCUAGGACUUGUGAAUUCUACUUUGACAAUUGAAGAAUUUCAUUCCAAACUGCAAGAAGCUACUAACUUCCCACUGCGACCUUUUGUCAUCCCAUUUUUAAAGGCCAAUCUGCCCCUGCUGCAGCGGGAGCUGCUGCACUGUGCAAGGCUAGCCAAGCAGAACCCAGCCCAGUACCUCGCUCAGCACGAACAGCUGCUUCUGGAUGCCAGCACCACCUCACCUGUUGACUCCUCAGAGCUGCUUCUCGAUGUGAACGAAAACGGGAAGAGGCGAACUCCAGACAGAACCAAAGAAAACGGCUUUGACAGAGAGCCUUUGCACUCAGAGCAUCCAAGCAAGCGGCCCUGCACUAUUAGCCCAGGCCAGCGGUACAGUCCAAAUAAUGGCUUAUCUUAUCAGCCCAAUGGUCUGCCUCAUCCCACCCCACCUCCACCUCAGCAUUAUCGUUUGGAUGAUAUGGCCAUUGCCCACCACUACAGGGACUCAUACAGACACCCCAACCACAGGGACCUCAGGGACAGAAACAGACCUAUGGGGUUGCAUGGCACACGUCAAGAAGAAAUGAUUGAUCACAGACUAACAGACAGAGAAUGGGCAGAAGAGUGGAAACACCUUGACCAUCUGUUAAACUGUAUAAUGGACAUGGUGGAAAAAACUAGGCGAUCUCUCACUGUACUUCGGCGAUGUCAAGAAGCAGACCGUGAGGAGCUGAAUUACUGGAUACGGCGGUACAGUGAUGCAGAAGAUUUAAAAAAAGGUGGUAACAGCAGCAGCAGUCAUUCCAGACAGCAGAGUCCAGUGAAUCCAGAUCCAGUUACAUUAGAA